AUCGAACAAUAUUGCCUGCUCUAUAAAUCGAAUGCACUUUCAGUUGGCCGUGCUAAAUUAAAUUCAAGAGACAAAAAAACAACCCCGAUAUGGCCAAAGGCUUCAUAAAAGGCGAUAAGGCGAAGAGUGACAUGCAAUGGAGAGAGCUAGUAGACGAACUGAACAUCUUUUGGAAACCGCCGUCUGCCAAAAAUCGUAGCGUACACGCCAGCUCAAUACAAGGGGAAAUCGACGACCUUUUAUUUCGUGGAGUAAUAAUUUCCAGUAACAUCCGAAAUGCGUAUUUUGUUAACUCUGUAGUACGACACAAAUCUAUAAACUGUUUCUCGAAAGGAUUAGAGCUGUAUCUUAAAGUUCGCCGCCGAAUAGCUUCAACGGAGUAUUCAUUAUUUGUAUUUCCAAUUAAAGCUAACAACGCCAUUUAAUUUUAUUACAUUU